GUCGCUUUGUGUACUUCAACGGUACGACCUCGUCAGACACAGCAUCAUCAUGACUCUAUCCUCUCAUCAUCGCUGCGUUAUAUCAUGAGCUUUUCGGAUCAUGAGAUUGAUGGACGGCCGAAGAAGGUGGCGGUGAUAGGCGCAGGUAUAAGCGGUGUUGUAGCGGCUGCUCAUCUGCUGAGAGAAGGUAUUGAAGUUACUGUAUUUGAGCGCUCGAGUGUAAGCGGGGGAGUAUGGACAUACGACGAGCGGGUCCCCGUCGAACCAGACUACACUUCCGUACAUGCCACAGAUGACGAUCCAGCAGACAGUGACGAAGUACUUCAACAUUCAGAUCUCCACCACGCACCGCCAGGUCCAUGCUACGAAGGUCUCCACAACAACGUAUACACGCGAAUGCUCGAAACGACACUUCACCCUUUCGCACCAGGAACUCCAGACGUCGUUCGCCAUAGCGUAUUGGCAGACUACAUACGAGAUACCUCGGUCAAGACAGGCGUCCACGCUAUCACAACCUACAACACCAAAGUCAGCAGCGUGAGGCAAAUAAGUCAUCAACCUCCGCUAUGGAGCGUAUCAAGCACCACACUGCAAGCCUCCCCCUCAGGAACUCGCACGCUCGAGAAAAGCACUUCCCAAUACACACACGUGGUCGUGGCAUCAGGGCACUACCACACCCCACGCAUCCCGCGAAUCCCAUCCCUCGCAUUCUUCAAAUCAGCCUACCCAACGCGUAUCUUGCACUCAAAAGCGUACCGCAGUCCCUCCAAGUUUGCGCACAAAACGGUCCUUUUGAUCGGCGCGAGCGUUUCUUCGACAGAUAUCGCACGGGAACUGGGACCGGUAGCCAAGACGAUCUACCAGAGCCAUCGCGGAGGAGCGUUCGAUCUUCCCGCGUCGAUGCUUCCAGAGAACGGGGUGCGUGUGGAGGAGGUUAUAGGAUUUGAAGGAGUGGAAGGGAAGGAAUGGAAAGAGGAGUUGAAAGAGGAGGAUGCUUUGCCUGUGAGGGUUCGGUUGAAAGAUGGCAAGACGAUUUGCGGGGUGGAUUUUGUGGUGCUGUGUACGGGGUAUCACAUGACGCUGCCGUUUCUGCGGGAUUACUACUACAACGCUCCCAUCCCCACUUAUUGUUCUUCUGAUUCGUCUUCGGAAGAUAGCAGUAGUGGUAGGAGCGAUACUGGAACUGCUUCGCCUACUUCAUCAUUAUCACGGACAGAAGAUGGAGAGGAGGGAACGAGUAAGACGACACUGUUAACGACGGGCCAUCAGAUUCAUAACCUCCACAAACACAUGUUCUAUAUCCCGUGCCCGUCGCUUCUCUUUAUAGGAAUCCCAUAUUACACGGCGACGUUUACGCUUUUCGAGUUUCAGGCACAGUUUGCGGCAAAAGUGGUGGCGGGGAAAGUGUCACUGCCAUCUACAAACGCCAUGCGGGAAGAGUACGAGGAGCUGGUCAAGGCAAAGGGAUCAGGAAAAGGGUUUCAUAGUUUGAAGGGUGAGGAGGAGGUGUAUGUGACGGAGUUGGUUGGGUAUGCGAAUAGACAGUUGAAAGGGGAAGAGAGGCUGGUGGGGCAUGGGAAGGUGUGGAAGGAGGCGAGGCUGGAGUUGAUUGAGAAGAUGAAGGAGAUGGCUGAGGGGAAAGGUGGAGGAGGAAGAGAGAUUGAGGUCAGUUGCUAG